GCACAGACUGAAGACAAAGCGCAGAGAGGAGUCCACCUCUCCAUGUGAUGUGCAGCGGCUCGGUGAGGGCGCAACAGUAAUCUCAGAUACUGUCCCCGCAUUUUUUUUUCUCCAAAAGAUUUUAUUUACGCUGCAUGGAGAGUUAACCAAGUGCGCCUCUGCCAUUUUUUUGCGGGUGUCCACUCACUUAGUGCUCCCUCCACUCCAGUUUCAACAUUUGUGAAGUGGCUGCCUCACCCGCUCGGACCGGGGGCCGUCUGGUCUCUGAUCUGGUCUCUGGAGUCCCCGGAGACUCGACGCGCUCCGUCAGAGCCAGGCUGUGCGGCUCCAGGAUCAGACCCGAGCCACCCCGAGCUCUAGCGAUGGAGAUGAUGGAGGGAGACGUUAUGGACAAACUCGAGGACAUGUCAUCGGUGUACGACUUCGAUCCGAUCACCGGCAACAUCCCCGCCACCAAAGUAGAAAUCACCGUCUCCUGCAGAAAUCUGCUGGAUAAAGACACAUUCUCCAAGUCAGAUCCAUUGUGCGUGCUCUAUACGCAAGGUGUUGAAACCAAACAGUGGAGAGAGUUUGGCAGAACGGAGGUGAUAGACAACACCCUAAAUCCAGACUUUGUUCGAAAGUACAUCUUGGACUACUUUUUUGAGGAGAAGCAGAACCUUCGCUUCGACUUGUAUGAUGUCGACUCUAAGAGCCCAGACCUGUCCAAACAUGACUUUUUGGGUCAGAUGUUCUGUACUCUUGGGGAGAUUGUUGGAUCACCAGCCAGUCGACUGGAGAAACCACUGGGAGGGAUCCAAGGGAAGAAAUGUGGCACUAUCAUCCUGUCCGCAGAGGAGCUGAGCAAUUGUCGAGACAGCGCCACUAUGCAGUUCUGUGCCAACAAGCUGGACAAGAAGGACUUCUUUGGCAAGUCGGACCCUUUCAUGGUCUUCUACAGGAGUAACGAGGAUGGAACGUUUACUAUCUGCCAUAAAACAGAGGUGGUGAAGAACACAUUAAAUCCAGUGUGGCAGCCUUUCACUAUCCCAGUACGAGCGCUCUGCAACGGAGACUAUGACAGAACGAUCAAAGUGGAGGUGUACGAUUGGGAUAGAGAUGGCAGCCAUGACUUCAUCGGGGAUUUUACGACCAGCUACCGAGAGCUAGCUCGAGGGCAGAGUCAGUUCAAUGUGUACGAGGUGAUUAAUACCAAGAAGAAAAUGAAGAAAAAGAAAUAUGUCAACUCUGGGACAGUGACCCUGCUCUCGUUCUCAGUGGAGUCAGAGUUCACAUUCUUAGAUUACAUCAAAGGAGGGACGCAGAUCAAUUUCACUGUGGCCAUCGAUUUCACAGCAUCUAAUGGUAACCCCUCCCAGUCCACCUCGCUGCACUACAUGAACCCCUACCAGCUCAACGCCUACGCCAUGGCCCUGAAGGCUGUCGGGGAGAUCAUUCAGGACUACGACAGUGACAAGAUGUUCCCCGCUUUGGGCUUUGGAGCCAAACUGCCCCCUGAUGGACGGGUGUCACAUGAGUUUCCACUGAAUGGAAACAUGGAAAAUCCAUACUGCAAUGGUAUUGAGGGCAUCUUAGAGGCAUACCACCAGAGCCUGAAGACAGUGCAGCUGUACGGGCCGACAAAUUUCGCUCCUGUGGUGAACCAUGUUGCCAGGUAUGCAGCUGCGGUGCAGGACGGCUCUCAGUACUUCGUGCUCCUCAUCAUCACAGAUGGCGUCAUCUCUGACAUGGCCCAGACCAAAGAAGCCAUUGUGAAUGGUGCCAAGCUUCCCAUGUCCAUCAUCAUAGUUGGAGUUGGUCAGGCUGAGUUUGACGCUAUGGUGGAGCUGGAUGGCGAUGACAUCAGGAUCUCGUCCCGAGGGAAACUGGCAGAGAGAGACAUCGUUCAGUUUGUUCCCUUCAGAGAUUACAUGGACCGGACAGGCAACCACGUGUUAAGCAUGGCUCGGCUCGCUAAAGACGUGCUAGCAGAGAUCCCAGACCAGUUCAUCUCUUACAUGAAGAGCCGGGGGAUCAAACCCAAUCCGGCGCCACCUCCCUACACACCACCCGGACACACACACCACCACCACACACAGAUCUGAAGCCCUCCUCUUGGCUUUUCACUGAAGACUGACAGCAUGCAGCAGCCACACAGAGUCCAGUGGGAACUCUGCCUCCUGUUUUUUGGUGCAAACAGGAGCUGACGCACCAGGAAAUGGGUGUUGAAUUUUGUGCCGUAUCCUCCCAGUGACUAUCGGAGCAGCAUUUUUUUCUUGGUUUGUUUUUCUGUGAUAUGUUCAUUUGGAUGAUUUCUCUUAAAGAGAGGCUCAAACUUUCCAGGACUCGUUGGUGAACGCCUUUUAAAUCAACACUGAGGCAGUGACUGUUUCACAUCUAAUUUGACAGCAGGUUGGUUCAAAGAGGUCAUGUUGUGGUUAAAACUUGUGCCUGUCUGUGGUUGUUUCUCUAAGUGUAUCGGGACAUGUGAACUUUGACCUAAGCCUUGCUCGUCAGUCAUUGGUGGCCUAAUGCAGUGAUAUUUUUUAGGCACAUUUUACCUUCUGGAAGUAGUUUUUAUAUUUGGGGAUUGUCUCCAUAUCUUCUAAUGCAUUGGUUAUGAUGGAGAAAAAACUACAGGUGUGUAGUUUACAAUUUAUUACGUUACAAACAUUAUUCAGGCUUUUCGUACCAUGAGGUUUCACCUCCUCUCUUCUUUGUUAGGUAAAUGUUUAUAAGAGCAUGUUGUAUGAGAAGUUAAAUCUCCAUAUCCCAGUAUAUUUAUUCUCCAGUGUUAUUCAGAGUGGCAUGGACAUUUGAUAGAUCUGUUUUGAAGUGGUCACCAAUUAUUUUCAUACGGCAUAUAAAAAGCACAACCUGUCUCUGUACCAAGGACAAGAUUAUGACGAUGCUAUCAGGUUAAUCACAUUUAAUCAUUUUGAUAGCUGCCAUUCAAUUUAUUUUAUUUAUUCAUGCAACUCAAAAAUCUUUGUACUGCAGCUGCAAUUUAACAUACAAUGCUGAAAAUGUGUCUCAGGCUGGUUUAUGGUUCUCAUUCAAUAAGGAUGAAUUGCCAUCACAACGGACAAUGUUGCACAAGAGGAACGUUAACAAAUUAAUCAUGAGUUUCUUUUAAAAUGUAGUGUUUUUGUAACACACAGUAAAUACAACAUAUUACUUUGCUCUAGUCUGACUAAUACCACUUUUAGGUAAUAUACACCACUAAAGCACAAUAUCCAAGGACAAUAAGGGUCUUAUGGCUUUCACCAGUUCUUGCAGAGAGGCACUGUGUCAAAAUUAGGGGUGUCAAACGUUAACUGUUUAAGUAAGCUGCCAAGAAUAUUUUGACCGGUUACACGUUGAUCAGUUUAGUAGUAGUACUGUCACUGUGCUGUACUGAAUUAAUAACAAAGCUGAUGAGGUAUUCACACUACGCUGGUUACCUAGCCUUGGCUCCCCUGCUGUGCACCACUUGAGUCGUAUGGGCGAUAGCUCACAACGGCACUCAUUUGGCGAUUACUGCUGGUAACGCCAUCCUGACCAAUGAUGGCAGGACAGUGUCACUGCAAAAACAUUGCAUGCCCACCCUCCAGACUCUCUCCAAGGUCGCCCCCAUGAGUAACUGUUUUAAUAUUGAACUGCAAAUCCCCUUUAGCACGUUAGCAGUAUCAGUAUGGCUACUGGUGCUAACAUACAGUAGUUAACAAUGGUAAGGGGUUUUACGGCUCAAAAUUAUGCUGUCUACUCACGGGGGUGACAUGGGGAGAGACACCAGAGGGUGGUCACCAUGUUUCUGCAGCGAUGCUAUCGGCUCGUGUUGCACGGUGCAGAGUGGCCAAGGCCAAAGUUAGCUAACCAGUGGAGACUAGAGUGUGGGCAGUGGGCACUAUGUUUCCACAUGUUAGCUGGAUGUCUGUCAG